AUGCUGCGUUAUCUUUCGUUAGUUUCCGGCCUAAAAACCCCUUCCCUUUGUCCAAAAAAAUCUAAUCGCAACUCCAAAGCGAAAAAUUUGAGCUCGCUCCUUAGUUCAGCCGACAAAUCCACCACCAAAUUUAGAACUACGCCUUCUUCUCUAACAAAAUCUACAGCUAAGCCCUUUUCUCUAACUUCACCGGCCGCCACCACCACCAAGGACCGCCUCUUGAAGCCAUUCGUCUCCUCUGUUGAUUCUCAAGCUGCAUUGCUCGACUCUCCAAAACUCUCAAGCUCUGUUGAUGCUACGCUUAGUUUGCCCAAGUCAGGAGGGACUAAUAAUGCUAAUGCUUUAGAAACGGUAUUAGGGAUACCAUGGUUUUCUACCGUGUCUAACAACAACAUUUCGCAACUUCGAAAAGAAGUCUUGCCUGAGAGGAGACAAAAAUGGAUUUUCAAAAAUACAGAGACUCAUCGUUCUGAAAAGUUAGUGAACCUGUGUGCAAAUAAACUGGGGACUGAUGCUACUCUUAAUGAAUUUGGUAGAUUGGGGCGAGAAACUGGUGUGAAAGAGUACAAUUCGUUAAUAAGGAUCUGCUUUGAGCGGGCUAAGGAUUGUGAUCAUGAAGAUGUUGCACUAGAAGAACAAAUUUGCAAGGCUUUCCAACUUUUAAAUUUUAUGAAGGAGCAGGGUUUUCAGCUAGAGGAGGAAACUUAUGGUCCACUUCUCAUGUAUUUAAUUGACAAGGGUGUGAUAGAAGAGUUUCAUUUUUUCCGUAAGGCUAUUGAAAGUGGAAAUUCUCGUUCGGAUCCAAGACUAGGUUACUAUCAGAUGUUGCUGUGGAUCAGAGUCAAUGAUGAAGAGAAGAUUCAGGAACUCUGUAACUGCACUUCAAUUGAUUAUGAGAGAGACUAUUUCAACUUGAUAGGCACGUGGUUCAAUAGAAUUACUUGUUAGCACUUUUUGAAAGCAAACGGAAUAGUGAAUUUUUGCAACUUUUGGAGACUGUGGACAUAACAAAGGUUUCCUAACUGGACCAUGUGAUGAGUAUUUUUAAAUUCUUGGGGAGGCCAGGGUUGGAGUCCUUUGCGGAGAAGUAUCUUUUGGCAUUAAAAAUAUCUGAUUAUGGAGUAGAGAAUGUCUCAAAUGUCAUCUUUAGCUACACCUCUGGCAUU